CCUGGCUGAGGUGGUACGAUCCUUUGGGGAGAUAGCAACCCUCAGAGGGAGCCUCAUUGUUUCCCUAAACCAAGAAUACUGUGAGCCUGGACAGGGACUCCAGCUCUCCAACGGUGACGAGGUUGCUAUCAUUCCACCCAUAAGUGGAGGCUAGACAUCAUGGAUUUCAUCAAGUUGACCCACAAGGUGCUGUCGGUGGAGGAGGCCACCUCUCUGGUCACACAUCCCUCCUGUGGUGCCAUCAGCCUGUUUAUUGGGACAACCAGGGAUAAUUUUGAGGGAAAAACAGUUACCAAGCUUGCAUAUGAAGCAUAUGAGGAAAUGGCAGAGAAAGAAAUGGGCAAGAUUUGUGCUCAAGCCAGAGAAAAGUGGAAUCUGAAGCACAUAGCACUGCACCACAGACUGGGUGUUGUACCUGUGACUGAGAGCAGUGUUAUUGUGGCAGUCAGUUCUGAGCAUCGUCGUGAGUCUUUGGAAGCUGCCUCCUACCUCAUUGAUAGUCUGAAGGCAAAAGUUCCCAUUUGGAAGAAGGAGCUGUAUGAUGAUGGCAGCAGUGACUGGAAGAGGAACAAAGAAUGUGUCUGGGCAGCAGGUGAAGGGGAGGCAGCAGACUCUUCCAGGAACAACAAUGAAAUCUUCACCAACAACAAAAGGUCUUUAGAAGGUGAGAGUGAUGUUGGAUCCAGCCCACCCAUUAAAAAAGUAAAAGAAGAAAUUCCUGUCAUUUCUGCGACUAAGGAAGUAAGCAAGCAGCCAGGAGAGACUGUUCAAAACUCCAACUUGGUGCAGAUUCUAGCAUCAAAGCAAGAGAUCCAACGGCGAAUUACGGCCUUUCAGCAACGGAAACGAGAGGAGCUUGACAUGCUGAAUAUCCAGGAAUUCUGUACACUGAAUGGGGGACCAGCUUCUCAGAACUCUUGUGCUCGUACCACUGCUGUUGUUUUAAGGUCUAAGGGAUCCAGUAGCCAUCUGAAGUUAACUCGUGUUGUAAAUGAAUGGGGUCCUCAGACUCUGGGAUUGGAUCCAGGCUCCAUAUACACUAAUGUAGCAAAGGAUACAAUCAAGCAAGAUAUAGGGAGCAGCAGCAGUGCCAGCAGCAGGGAAGGCUCGAUGGAACCAGGUUUACGUUCUAUGAAAGAAACUUUUGGUGACAAAGUUAAAAAUGAACCAGCGGACCACUUGGCAGAGGCAAAGUUGCCAACAGGGAUAGAGGAGAGACUUCACAACUUGGAAAAUAUCCUCAAAAUUGGUCCUGAAAUGCCAGUUCCCAAGGAUGUCUAUGCCAGACUGAAGGCAGUGGAGGACAGGGUAUUGCAUCUUGAGGGCAUUUCUCCUGAAUACUUCAGAAAUAAUAAGGCAAUGGCUUCACCAAGGAAACUAAGAUAUGUAGAGGACAAUAAAAUGGCCGGUGAUGAUAACUGCCUUGAUGAACUGGAUGUGAAAAUACAUGAACUAAAAAUGAAACUGAAGCAAAAACAAAUAAAACAAGAAUUUUGACACCUAGUA